CUCCCAUUAUGGCGGCGGCGGCGGCGGCUUCCCGAUUCUGGCUCUGGGCCGCCCUGCUCAUCCCUGCGGCCGCGGUCUACGAAGACCAAGUGGGCAAGUUUGAUUGGAGACAGCAGUAUGUCGGGAAACUCAAGUUUGCCUCCUUGGAAUUUUCCCCUGGAUCCAAGAAGUUGGUUGUGGCCACAGAGAAGAAUGUGAUUGCAGCAUUGAAUUCUCGAACUGGAGAGAUCUUGUGGCGCCAUGUUGACAAGGGCACAGCAGAAGGGUCAGUGGAUGCCAUGCUGCUCUGUGGACAGGAUGCAAUCACUGUGUCCAAUGGAGGCCGGAUCAUGCGCUCCUGGGAGACUAACAUCGGGGGCCUGAACUGGGAGAUUACCUUAGACAGUGGCAGUUUCCAGGCGCUUGGGCUGGUAGGCCUGCAGGAGUCGGUGAGGUACAUUGCGGUCCUGAAGAAGACCACUCUUGCCCUCCAUCACCUCUCCAGUGGGCACCUAAAGUGGGUGGAACAUCUCCCAGAAAGUGACAGCAUCCAUUACCAGAUGGUGUAUUCCUACGGCUCUGGGGUAGUGUGGGCCCUCGGAGUUGUUCCCUUCAGCCAUGUGAACAUUGUCAAGUUUAACGUGGAAGAUGGAGAGAUUGUUCAGCAGGUCAGGGUGUCGACUCCCUGGCUGCAAAGUCUCACCAGAGCCUGCGGUGUGGUGGAUGAGGCUGUCCUGGUAUGCCCCGACCCGCGCUCACGGUCCCUCCAGACCUUGGCCCUGGAGACGGGGUGGGAGUUGAGGCAGAUCCCACUGCAGUCUCUUGACCUAGAAUUUGCAAGUGAAUUCCAACCCCGGGUCCUGCCUACACAGCCCAACCCAGUGGAUCCUACUCGGGCCCAGUUCUUCCUGCAGCUGUCUCCAAGCCACUAUGCGCUGCUGCACUACCACCACGGCGUCCUGAGUCUGCUCAAAAACUUCCCACAGACUGCCCUGGUGAGCUUUGCCACCACCGGGGAGAAGACGGUGGCUGCAGUCAUGACCUGUCGGAAUGAGGCGCAGAAGCCUAGCAGUUCUGAAGAUGGGUCAACGGGGAGCUUUUCGGAGAAGUCUGGUCCACAGGACUCGCUGGCUUGCUUCAACCAGACCUACACCAUUAACCUCUACUUAAUGGAGACAGGUCGGCGGCUGCUCGACACCACAAUCACCUUUAGCCUGGAACAGAACGGCACUCGGCCAGAGCGGAUGUACAUCCAGGUCUUCCUGAAGAAGGAUGACUCCGUGGGCUACCGGGCCUUGGUACAGACAGAGGAUCACCUGCUGCUUUUCCUGCAGCAGCUGGCAGGGAGGGUGGUGUUGUGGAGCCGCGAGGAGUCCCUGGCCGAGGUGGUGUGCCUGCAGAUGGUGGACCUCCCCCUGACGGGGGCGCAGGCCGAGCUGGAAGGGGAAUUUGGCAAGAAGGCAGACGGCCUAUUGGGCAUGUUCCUGAAACGCCUCUCGUCCCAGCUCAUCCUGCUGCAGGCAUGGACCUCCCACCUCUGGAAAAUGUUUUACGAUGCUCGGAAGCCCCGGAGUCAGAUUAAGAAUGAGAUCAACAUUGACACUCUGGCCAGGGAUGAAUUCAACCUGCAGAAGAUGAUGGUGAUGGUGACGGCCUCAGGCAAGCUUUUUGGCAUUGAGAGCAGCUCUGGCACCAUCCUGUGGAAACAGUAUCUCCCCAACGUCAAGCCAGACUCCUCCUUUAAACUGAUGGUCCAGAGGACUACUGCCCAUUUCCCCCACCCCCCGCAGUGCACCCUCCUGGUGAAGGACAAGGAGACGGGAAUGAGUUCGCUCUAUGUCUUCAAUCCCAUUUUUGGGAAGUGGAGUCAGGUGGCCCCCCCAGUGCUGAAGCGCCCCAUCUUGCAAUCUUUGCUUCUCCCCAUCAUGGAUCAAGACUAUGCCAAGGUGCUGCUGCUGAUAGAUGAUGAGUACAAGGUCACAGCUUUCCCGGCCACUCGGAAUGUCUUGCGACAGCUCCACGAGCUCGCCCCUUCCAUCUUCUUCUAUUUGGUGGACGCGGAACAGGGACGGCUGUGUGGCUAUCGACUUCGAAAGGAUCUCACCACUGAGCUGAGUUGGGAGCUGACCAUUCCCCCAGAGGUGCAGCGCAUCGUCCAGGUGAAGGGGAAGCGCAGCAGCGAGCACGUUCACUCGCAGGGCCGAGUGAUGGGGGACCGAAGCGUGCUCUACAAGAGCCUGAACCCCAACCUGCUGGCUGUGGUGACAGAGAGCACAGAUGUUCACCACGAGCGCACCUUCAUCGGCAUCUUCCUUGUCGACGGCGUCACUGGGCGCAUCAUCCACUCCUCCGUGCAGAGGAAGGCCAAGGGCCCCGUCCACAUCGUGCACUCGGAAAACUGGGUGGUGUACCAGUACUGGAACACCAAGGCCCGGCGCAACGAGUUCACCGCGCUGGAGCUCUACGAGGGCACCGAGCAGUACAACGCCACGGCCUUCAGCUCCCUGGACCGCCCGCAGCUGCCCCAGGUCCUCCAGCAGUCCUACAUCUUCCCCUCUGCCAUCAGUGCCAUGGAGGCCACCAUCACCGAGCGAGGCAUCACCAGCCGACACCUGCUCAUUGGGCUGCCUUCCGGAGCAAUUCUUUCCCUUCCUAAGGCCUUGCUGGAUCCCCGCCGGCCCGAGAUCCCAACAGAACAAAGCAGAGAGGAGAACCUGAUCCCAUAUUCUCCAGACGUACAGAUCCACGCAGAGCGGUUCAUUAACUAUAACCAGACAGUUUCUCGAAUGCGAGGUAUCUAUACAGCUCCCUCGGGCCUGGAGUCCACUUGUUUGGUUGUGGCCUACGGUUUGGACAUUUACCAAACUCGAGUCUACCCAUCCAAACAGUUUGAUGUCCUGAAGGACGACUACGAUUAUGUGCUAAUCAGCAGCGUCCUCUUCGGUCUGGUCUUUGCCACCAUGAUCACUAAGAGACUGGCACAGGUGAAACUCCUGAAUCGUGCCUGGCGGUAAAGACCUGAGACCCACUGCCGGAGAGCCGAGAGCCAGGGGGAGUGAGGGUCAGACAAGAAGCCGCAGCUGCAGUUUGACAGGUCAGGGGAGGAUGUGUGUUGGACACUCGUCUCAGUUAAGAGCUCUUUGGAAGAAGCUGGGCUCCCGUGGAGACUCCUUUUGGGAUACGUCUGAUGCGGAGUCAUUGGUGGUGGAUGGAGGCUGAACUCACUCUCUCAGCCGAGGUCUCAAAGCAUCUUGAUGGACUUUCCCCCGGAGUCCCAAGGCCAUCGCCGUUUCCCUUCUGUGCCCAUCCAUGAAUGUUGUGUGUUUUUGAAGACCUCCAACAGAUGCUUCUCUGUUGUGAGGCCUGUUUAAAUUGAUGUUGGUUUGCCUUCUGUUUCUCGGGUGUAUCUGGAAAGCCUUCUUGAUUGUUCCCCUGCUCCUUGCUUCAAAGUCAGAAGGGAACUCAUAUUGACAACUCCACCUUAUAGGUGCAUUUGCUGUUUUACACUGGGGAGAAAGAAGAGCCAUCCUUAGCUGAAGUUUGAGGACUGAUGCAGCCUCUCAUGGCUUCUCUCCAAAGUUACUUUGGGUCGAGGAGUCUAUGUGUGUGUCGAAACUUGCCUCUCGUUUCGUGCUCCCAUUCAUCAGUGGGCCACCCAUUCUUAGAUUCAGUUUAUUGAAAGCCAAGUGCAUAAUACUGUCUCGGUUUGUAGGUCAUUGUCGUCCAAGCUUUUCGCCUCGGAUAUGUCGGAGCUGAGGCCUUUUCAGUACUACUGAAUUGUCUGAACCUUGAAGAGAUUUCAAGGGAGGAAGGCAAAUCUGUCUGUUUCACAGUCCCUCAUAAUCUCUCGUUUCGCUCACAAGCUGGUCUAGUCAUCUUAGAACCUAGAUAGAGAAAGUUGUUCUUUUUUAAGAACCUCAUUAUUUUUAGUUAUAACAUGUGGAUUACUAUACUUCUCUUAAAAUGAGCAGAUUUUAAAUCUUUUUUUUUUUGGUGGUACGCGGGCCUCUCACUGCUGUAGCCUCUCCCGUUGCGGAGCACAGGCUCCGGACGUGCAGGCCCAGCGGCCAUGGCUCACGGGCCCAGCCGCUCCACGGUAUGUGGGAUCCUCCCGGACCAGGGCAGGAACCCGUGUCCCCUGCAUCGGCAGGCGGACUCUCAACCACUGCGCCACCAGGGAAGCCCUAAAUCUUAUCUUUAAAAAAAAGAAGAGAGAAAAGGGUAGGGGUAGGAAACUGGCAUCUUGUGGGUAGCAUUGUUGAUUGCCUGGGCUGUUGUCUCUGCUACAAACUAAAGAUGUCCUAAAAAUUUUCCCUUGUUCAUGGAUUUGGGGAAUGAUGGCAUUUUUCUUUACUGUGAAGAAUGACAUGUACAGAGCGCCCUGUUGGGAGAGAGAUACGUUUAAGUGUUUGAAUAAAGUGAAUGAUGUACGA